AUGGCCUCGCUCGUCUUUCGUCGACUUCUUGGCCGCUCCGUGUCUGAAAGCUGCAGUAUUGCCGUUGAGAAUGAUUUUGGACCAGUUGUCGAGGGAUGUUUGGACAACUUCGACUUCACGCUUCUAUUCGAAGAAGCCAUCCUCUCAAUAACCCCAAUGGGCGUGACCAUUCUCUUACUGCUUCAUCGACUUCUGCAUUUGCACAAGCAACCUCAAAAGGUCUACGCUGGAGGUUUAUUGCAGAAAGCCAAACUGGUAAUUCCCACUCUAAAUUGCCUCGCUGCCAUGAAAACACCGUCCCUCGCCGUUGCAUUCGCUGUCUUGACAACAGUCCAGAUAGCGCUCGUUGCCAUUGCAGCUCUUCCCGGCACCCCGACUACGAAAGCGUCCCUGGCAUGUGCUGUAGUCAAUCUGCUGGGAACGGCCGUCUUGUGGGUUUCAUCUCAUCUCGAGCAUGUGCGCUCGGUCCGGCCGUCUCUAAUUCUGAACGCCUAUUUCUUCUUUUCGCUUCUUUUUGACAUUGUACGGACGCGGACCCUCUGGGCAAUCUCGCGAAAUGCCGCAUUUGCCAGUGGCUUCUGCGUUUCCAUUGGCCUGAAGAUCGUUUGUUUGGUCCUCGAGGCCGUGGAGAAGCGAAGUAUUCUUCUUCCCGAAUAUGCCAAGUAUCCAUCAGAAGCCACAGCCAGUUUUUUCAAUCGCAAUUUCUUCCUGUGGCUAUGCCCAACCUUGAUUCGAGGAUUCAGCAGAGAGCUGGUCGUUACAGAGUUGGAGGCCAACGACAGGGCCCUUGACCCGAAUACCCAUCAGAGCAAGCUCCAGGCGCUUUGGCACAAGUGGAAGAGAUGGAACAAGAAGAUGUCUCACUCACUUCUGGUGACAUAUGCCGUUCACUUUCGAUGGAAGCUCGCAGCCGCCGUCAUUCCCCGACUCUGCCUCAUAGGCUUCAAAUUUGCGCAACCUUUUUUGGUUCAGUCGGCCGUUGUUUAUCUCUCCGACCUGAAUGGUGAACAUUCAAGAAACUCGGGCUAUGGGCUGAUCGCCGCGUAUGUAAUUGUUUACAUUGGAAUUGCAAUUUUCGAUCAUACUCUCAAACUCAGCACCUCGUCUUUAAAUGAGUCCCAAGCCGUUACGCUUAUGAGUUCUGAUAUCGAGAGGAUCGGCACAGGAUUGCGCAACGUGCAUGAAAUUUGGGCUUGUAUCAUUGAGAUAGCACUGGCUAUGUGGCUACUCCAAGGUCAACUCGGAAUAUCGAUUAUAGCGACUGGACUCGUAACUUUAUUCUGUACUGGUGGCGCGGUCUGGGUGGCAAAAAGUGCUGGAGAUCGUCAAAGCGUCUGGCUUGAAGCAAUUCAAAGGCGAGUACAUGCAACGGCAAAUAUGCUCGGCUCGAUGAGAGGCGUGAAGAUGUCCGGUCUCACCAAUGACUUGUCCGCCAAUAUUCGAAAAUUGCGACUCGAGGAAAUUAGUUCUUCAUACGAGUUCAGAAGACUGCUUGUGCGCGUCGUGAAUCUAUCUUUCAUGUCAACCGCUAUGACUCCUGUCAUUACGUUCCUCGUCUUUAGCAUUUUGGCCAAAGUCAACAACUCUCAAACACUGACUCCAGAGAUUCUAUUUCCCGCCUUGACACUGUUUGAACUCCUCGCUUCUCCUGUUUCCGUACUAAUUGAAACCCUUGGAGGUGUCAUGUCUGCGGUCGGUUCCUUCCAGCGAAUCGGCGAGUAUCUCGCGAAGGAAGUACAAGUUGAUAGCAGGAACAACGUCACCUAUGACAAACAUGAGUCCUUUGGACUCGAAAUGCCGCCAAUUAUCCCCAGGUCAAUCAUCUCGACGGGAAGACGGGAGUUGGAAAACUGCAUCGAGGUGGUCAAACUAAGUGUUGGCUUUGGCAACGCUGAGGCGCCGGUUUUGAAGGAGCUUAAUUUCGAGAUCAAGACUUCACAAAUCGCUAUGAUUAUUGGCCCAGUGGGAUGCGGCAAGUCAACAUUGAUUCAUGCAUUACUUGGUGAAAUACCGAAGACUUCCGGUUCAAUCCACAUAGCAUUUCAAGAGGCGGCGUACUGCAGCCAGACAGCCUGGAUCACGAAUGGGACGGUACGCCAGAAUAUUCUGGGGGAACUGGAGAUGGAUGAAGCCUGGUACAACACUGUCAUUCAUGUGUGCGCUCUAGAUACCGAUCUGCAACAGUUCCAUGGAUCUGAUCUGUCCAUGGUGGGAAGCAAAGGCGUUAGGUUGAGCGGAGGCCAACAGAUGCGUCUGGCACUUGCAAGGGCACUCUACUCGCGCAAAACAGUCAUUUUCCUUGAUGACAUCUUUAGUGGCCUGGACUCAACUACGGAAGAGAAGAUAUUUGCACGACUCUUCAGCCACGAUGGCCUCUUCCGGAAACAAAGGACAACAGUUAUCAUGGCAACCAAUGCUGGUGAGCUCCUGGGUCAUCGCAGCAACGUCAAGACUCAUCUUCUAAAUCAAAGCUGUUUAGUUCACCGCCUGUCCGUCGCAGACCACAUCAUUGCCCUCAGCAGUGACGGCCGAAUGCUCGAGCAGGGCAGCUUCGAACAGUUGCAUGCUACUGGUGCAUACACGCGCGCGCUGCCACCAUCGAAACGCAAGACGGCGUCUGCCGGAAGCCACAUGACAACCCAGAUCAAUACAGAGUUGUCAAGUGCAAUAGCCCCAGAAGUGCCAAAAGGCAUGCAAAGACGUAUCGGCGAUGGAACAGUAUAUAACUACUACAUAGCCACUUUCGGCUGGUACAAGUGGUCGAUUCUUAUGUUCUUCGCUGCGUGCUACGGUCUGUUGACAGUCUUUCCUCUUCUCAAUGCGCCCAUGUCAUUUUUCGCCAAGACCGACACUGGGGUCACACUCAACAGAUUCAGUCAAGACCUGGAGCUCAUUGACAUGGAACUCCCUCUAUCAGUCAUCAAUACCGUCAUAAUUUUUGCAGUCAUCAUCGCCCAAAGCGUUUUAAUCUCCGUGACUGGCCGCUACGUUGCUGCCGUUCUUCCAUUGUGUGUUGGCAUAGUCUAUGCCGUACAAAAGUAUUACCUCCGCACCUCGCGCCAGCUGCGGUUACUCGACAUCGAAGCCAAAUCGCCUCUGUUUUCACACUUUCUAGAAGCCCUUGCGGGGCUGGCUACCAUUCGCGCGUUUGGCUGGCAAAAUGGAUAUCUGGAGGAGAGCAAGCGCAUCCUAGAGUUAUCACAACGUCCUUACUAUAUGUUGUUCUGCGUGCAAAGAUGGUUGGGCUUGGUUCUCGAUCUCAUCGUCACCGGCAUUGCCGUGGUGCUUGUGUCGAUUGGCGUUGAGGCCAAAGGUGUGGUUGACACGGGGCUGAUGGGGCUGGCGCUGGUGAACAUUGUCAGUUUCAGUACGAAUUUGAAGUUCCUGGUGACGAACUGGACAUUACUGGAGACAUCUAUCGGUGCCAUUUCGCGCGUCCGCAGCUUUGAGCAGGGCACCGAGUCGGAGAACAAUGACGAGGGGCGGCAAGGACAACCGCCGAGCGAUUGGCCGAGCGUUGGUGCAAUUACUUUUGAAGGCGUGACGGCGCGGUUUGAUCAAUCACUAGAAAAGAAUGUUCUCCGUGACGUGUGCUUGAGAAUCGAAGGAGGGCAACGCAUCGGCAUUUGCGGGCGAAGCGGCAGUGGAAAGUCUUCUCUAGUUUCCACUCUAUUCCGCCUCCUGGACCCCCAUGCCGGCCGCAUCACCAUCGACUCCAUCGACAUUUCCACCCUCGCACGGCAUGAAGUGCGAUCGCGUCUCAUCGCCAUCCCCCAAGAACCUUACCUGCUCACAGGCACGAUCCGUGUAAACGUGGAUCCAUUCGGCCGAGCAUCAGAUGAGGAGAUAAUCCGAGUCCUCGAGACAGUCGGAUUGUGGAAGUUGGUCCAGGAGAAAGGUGGCCUCGACGCGAUGAUGACUGAAGGGUUAUUCUCCCACGGCCAGCGCCAGCUUGUGUGUCUUGCGCGCGCUAUGACGAGAGAGAGUUGUGUGCUCGUUAUGGAUGAGGCGAGUAGCAGUCUUGACGUCAAAAUGGAUGCUCUUUUUCAGCAAGUUAUCCGCUCCGAGUUUGCAAAGCACACGAUUAUAGCAGUAGCGCACCGCCUCGACACCGUGGUGGACUUUGAUUACGUUGCUGUGCUCGAUGAGGGAGUGGUGGUAGAGUUCGAUGCGCCAGAGGAGUUGCUCAAGCGCCCAUCGGCGUUUCGAGAGCUUUACGAAGCACAGAAGGGGGAAAUGAUGAAAGAGGAUGAGGAGGUAUCAGAUUCGACUACUGCGAAUGAGAAAUGGGGAUGGAUGUGGGAAUAA